AUGCUAUCUACAAAAGCCAGACUUUUCCAGCACAUCACUCUAAAAUCCAGCUUAUUCCCAAAAAUUACCCAAGCCAGAAUAUUUCCAGCCCAGAUUAGGAGUUUCAGUAAAUCCUUCGACAGUGAUGACAGCGACGAAGAGAUUACCCUAAAAGCUAAAGAGAUUAGGGGGCUUCUCAAGGACCAAGACGAUGAGAUUGAAGCCCUGACCAAGAAAGUUAAAAAUGCCAAAAAGCAGCUGAGAAAUGAAGUAGCAGAAAUUGAGCUUAUUGAUAAGAGGUAUAAAGAGGAAAUCCAGAAGGCGAAAGAAUUUUCGAUUUCUAAAUUCGCGAAGGAUUUGAUCAGUGUUAGGGAUGACCUUCAGAGAGCGUAUGAUUACUCUAUUCAGAAGCAUGAUGAGUUUGGAGGUGAGCAUACUGAAGAGGAAGCUGAGAAGAUAAAGAAAGAACUCACAGAUCUGUUCCAGGGUGUAAAGAUGACAAAUAAAGUCUUUGAUCAGACGCUGAACAGGUUUGAUAUCCAGAAGGUAUCCCCACUUGGUGAGGAAUUUGAUCAAAGAUUUCAUAUUCUCGCUGAUAAGGGAGGUAGAGCUAAAGGAAAGAUUGCCGAUGUUGUAGAGCCAGGGUACAAAUUAGGCAAGAAGUAUUUGAGAAAACCUAAAGUUUCGUUAUAA